UGGAUUGGCCGUGCCUGGCGCGGGCGCCGCGCUCGGCGGGGGAUUGCUCGGGCCUGGGCGGGGCUGGGCUCGGCAAUGGCGGACGAGGAGCUGGAGGCGCUGCGGGCCCGGAGGAUGGGGGAGAUCAGAGCUGGGCACGGGGAGCCUCCCGGUGAUCCAUCGCAACAGGAAGCAAAGCAGAGGGAAGCAGAGAUAAGAAAUACUAUUUUAGCCCAAGUUCUUGAUCAAGCAGCUCGUGCAAGGUUAAGCAAUUUAGCACUUGUGAAACCAGACAAAGCAAAAGCAGUAGAGAAUUAUCUUAUACAGAUGGCAAGAUUUGGACAGCUAGCUGGAAAGGUAUCAGAACAAGGUUUGAUAGAAAUACUUGAAAAAGUGAGUCAGCAAACAGAAAAGAAAACAACAGUGAAGUUCAACAGAAGGAGAGUACUGGAUUCUGAUGAAGAGGAUGAUUAUUGAUGCUACUGUAAGGCUGCCAAACAAACGCCUGGAGAAAGGCAACUUGCUGUUGUUAUCAGGCAGAACGCAAGAUCUGAACAUGUUUACGCUUCUUCACUUUUUUUUUUUAUUAUUAUUAUUAUAAAAGGCCAACAAAUGAACUUGUAAAAUAAAUUUGAGAAGGGGGAUUUUAUAACUUAAAUUUUUUGUAGUCUAAGAGGCCCGAGCAGAGUUCCCCACGGCUUCAUGAGCAUGAACGUUUUGUUGCCCCUUACUCAGCGUGUAAGCUCUGCUUUCAGCCCCUGCACACACUUAACUUGCUGCUGUUGGAGAUACCAAACACAGCAGGAGCCGAGUGACAAGCUGGGAACAGCCACUCUCUCUUCAGGAGGUUAAAGUCUUGCCUCCAAUUCGCAGAAGUGUUAGAAAGGAGAUUUCCUGAGCUCCUGGCUAUCUCCAAAAAAGCAAGUUAACUGUGUAACACAGCACUGUUCAGACACUUGGUAUCGUAUGUUCUUAAAACUACCUCCACUUUUAUCAAAUGGCUGGAGUGUUUCUUACUGGAAAAAAAAAAAAAGACCAUUUUCCUAAACUUUCUGCAACUCCUGCAUGCAUAAAUUAAAACUGAACUUGUGCUACACCUUUAUUCAAAAAUAUGGUUAUGGAAGUUAGUAGGAUAAAUACUGUAAUGUGCUGAUGAACACUCUACCACAGACCCCUUAUCUGACAUAACAGGAUCAUGUAUGAUUCCACCUGCAGUGUUUUUUGGAACAGAAUAAAAUGGUUUCAAGUGA